AUGGGAAUUGUCGGGUUCGAAAUCCAAUCCUCCGCCACCGUUUCUUCAGUAUUCUCUUCAUACACAAUCAUGCUCAUCAGGAAAGCCAUCCCAAAAUCUGCUGCCACCGCCGCCCCUUCACUUCAACUAGCCUCAGCCUUCACAGCCGGCAGAAUGCUGCCGCUCUGCUGCGAGAAGAAGCCGAAUCUCUUUUGUUCCUUUGUAGCCCGCUCGAUGGUCAACGGGCAGUAUCCUACUCCACCGGAGGUUCCGGGCCCAAGCACUCCGUCGGAGAUCCCUACAAAGAGGACCGAUUACCCGACUCCUCUGAUUCAGCCGGAAGUGCCGGGACUUCCAACUGGCCCAGAAAUAGAGAUAGAUCCGGGUAGGGAACUGCCGAUGCAGCCACCGGGGAUCCCCGAGGUGCCUAACCCUUUUCCUCGGAGGGGACCUGAGAUUCCGGUCCCUCCCAUGCCUUCCCCGCCGCCGGAUGUUCCCUUUCCGAGGCCGCCUGAUAAGCCGCCGUCGCCGCCACGAGUGCCUCCCGAUCCGGAUAUUUUGCCACCGAGCAUGCCUCCGGAAAUUCCGCCCUCGGCUCCCGAUCCGGAUAUUUUACCACCAACUACUCCUCCGGAUAUUAAGCCGCCGCCUGGACCUUCUGUUUUGUUUUGA